AUGAGUGAAUCAAAACCAAGACCAACAGCCAGCUCAGAAAAAUUAAAAUGGCAAGCAAAAUCAGCAUUUAAUGAAGGUAAUUACACAUUAGCUAUAGAACUGUUUAGUUAUGCAUUAGAACAAGUACCAAAAUAUGCUCCCUAUUUAACAAAUCGUGCUUUAUGUUAUUAUCGUUUAAAUGAUGCUGAUAAAGUUUUAAAAGAUGCAUCAGCAAGUAUUCAAUCUGAUCCAAAAUGGGCAAAAGGAUAUUUUUAUAAAGGAAAAGCAUUAGAAAUGUUAAAUCAUAAACAAGAAGCAAUUGAAUUUUAUAAAAAAUGUUGUGAAUUAGAACCAGAUCAAGAAGAAUAUCAAAAUGUUCUUAAAAAUUGUCGUGAAACAUUAACAACAACAAAUAGAUCAGUCGAUAAAACACCAACUCAUGAUGUUUUAUGUGAUGUAUGUCGAUGUCGUCCAAUAAUUGGUAUUCGAUAUAAAUGUUCAGUUUGUGAUGAUUAUAAUUUAUGUUCAAAAUGUCUUAAUUCAAAUCCAAAUCAAAGAGGACAUAAAGAUACUCAUCCAUUAAUUCCAAUUAAACAACCACAACAAUCUUCAAAAAUCAAAUCAAAUCAACAAGAAUCAACAAUAUCUAAUUCAAUACCUCGACAGAUUGAUGUAUCUCUUGCAAUACAUAGUUAUAAUAUUGUUUUAGUCAUAGAUGUAUCAUUAUCAAUGAUUGGUUAUGAAGCAAAUAAUAGAAUAAAUCCUUCAAAAAAUCGAUGGCCUGUAACAGAACGUGGAAUAAUUAAAAUUGCUAAUCAAUUAGGUUUGAAAGAUUCUUUAACAUGUUUAGCAUUUAAUGCUAAAGUCUAUGAAAUAAUGGAUAAUGAACCUGCUGAUAGUGCUAAAUUAAAAUUAGCUUUAGUUUUAUCUUCUUUAAAACCAAGUAUAGAUGAUGCUAAUUCUGGUACAGCAUUAUAUGAUGCUAUCGAUUCAACAUUUAAAAUUUUAUUAAGAAAUAAAUUUGCUGGACUUUUAUUAGGUGAUUCAAAUCGAAAUCAAAUUAUUUUAAUUACAGAUGGAGAAGAUUGUAGUUCAAAAAAUUGUAAUUUAGAACAAGCAUGUCAACGAGUUAAACAAAUUUGUGAUGAUUUUGAAACUGAUAUGUUAUUAAUUGGUAUAGGGCUUGAAAUACGAGGAAGACAAGCUAUGAAUCAAUUAAAACGAUCGGGAGGUCAAAAAUGUAAAUUUUUAGAUUUAUCAAGUUUAUCAGAAUUAGAUGAUAUUUUUGAUAGAAUAUCGCUUAUUUUUACUCAACGAACAGCGGUUAUUAAUGUUUAA